AUGAGAAGGCAGUGUAGACGCAGCUGCAACCUCUGCGCUCCUGGCCGCCCAGGUGAGGGCAGGCAAGAGUGCCGCGGCCUCAACCAGCCAUGCUGGAUCAACGCGCAGUGCUGCUCUGCAAGAUGUGCCGUGAACACGUAUCACUGCCGGCCAGUCGGUCGAUGA